AUGUCAGAGGAGAAGGAGACGACCGCGACCCAUGUCGAAGACGGGGCUGCAAAUGAGCCUGCCGUUCUUGCAACUUCGUCACUGGCGGCUCGCUUCGAGCACCGGCAACAUACGCUGACGAGGACGGAAUCUAUCAAAGAAAACGUGUGGCCCCUGGUGUGGUGUCUUUACAUGUUCUUUCUUUGCAUCACAUGGGGCUUCGACGGUCUAGCAGGCGGCAUUGUGGUGUCGAUUACCGAGUUCCGCAGAGACUUUGGCACGCCAUACGGGGAUGAUUACGUUGUCAGCGCUACCUGGCAACUUGGCUUCCAAGCAGCCACUAUCUUUGCCAUGACACUUGGUGCAUUCGUGGCUGGUUUUGCUAUCAAUCGCUACGGCCGCCAACCUGUUGUUCUUGCAGCAUUUGUUCUCUCAAUUGCCGGAACCUUUCUACAGUUCUUCAGCAAGAACCUUGCCGAAUUUGUGGGAGGAAAGAUCUUGACCGGUCUUCCUUUGGGAGUUUUCACGACAGCAGCUCCACCAUAUGCCUCUGAAAUGGCACCCCUCACCAUUCGUGGAUCAGUUGCUGCGGGUAUGAACUUCUCCAUCGUUCUUGGUCAACUCAUUGGCUACGGUGUCAUGCGGGAAGCAAGUCAUUAUGGUGACGCACGAGCAUACAAAGUGCUAUUUGCAACACAAUGGGGGUUUGCAGCGGUGGCUCUUGUCUUCCUUCCAUUCUUCCCGGAGUCUCCCUACUGGCUAGUUGCACACGGCCGAGCUGAAAAGGCGAGGAAGAAUUUGGAACGACUCCACGAUUCUACAUACGAUUAUGAUGGACAUAUGGCCGAGAUCCACGAGUCUCUCGCUCGACAAAACCAAGACAAUGACUCUCAGGGGUCAUAUUUGGAAUGCUUUUCAAAGGCUGCGCGAAAACGAACCUUGGUCGCAAUUGGCAUGUUCUUCAUUCAAAAUGCCAGCGGCCCUGGAUGGGUCGUGGGUUACAUGAGUUACUACUUCCAAUUAGCUGGUAUGGCACCAGCUGCAUCCUUCGACACUACGGUUGGCUUAGCCGGGCUGAUGGCAAUCGGUAACAUUGUCGGAUGGUUCUUUGUGGACUAUUUCGGUCGCCGAGGAACAGCUCUCUAUGGAUCCAUCAUCCUCACCAUUACGCUAUUUCUUAUCGGUGCAUCCUCGCUGGUUAAGACGCAAGGAGCAGUCUGGGCACAGGUUGUGUUCAUGGCCAUUUGGUCUUUCUCCUAUCAAGGGACCCUCGGCGCUGUCGCAUGGCCCAUCGCUACCGAGGCAGCAACUAGCCGACUGAGAGCUCCAACUCAAGCCCUUGCAAUCACUGCCAAUGGGUUGUCAAGCUCAAUCUGGACGUUGAGUCUGCCCUAUGCCAUUAAUCCCGAUCAAGGUAACCUCGGUGGAAAGGUGGCGUUCAUCUUCGGAGCCACUCUAGCCGUAUGCUGCGUCUUCAUUUUCUUCAUGGUUCCUGAGACCAAAGACCGCACUUACAUCGAGAUCGACGAGCUCUGGACGCGGAAGGUUCCUCCACGAAAAUUCAAGAGUACCAACCUUGUCACGCUUCCAAAUGACAAAUAG